AACCAGCCUGUGACGACCAUGCGGUGCAUUGCACUGUACGAGUGCAUUGCAGACGAAGAUGAUGAGCUUUCCUUCCCAGAGGGUGCCACUAUCGACGAAGUCGACAAGUGCGACGAUAACGGCUGGUGGAUGGGCACGUACGACGGCAAGCGUGGUGUCUUUCCCUCUGACUACGUCCAGGUGCUAGAGGAACAGGCUACGGGCGCAGACGACGACGCAUGGGCCGCAGGCGCCGCCGUUGUAGACGAUGGCGCGUGGGCCGCCGCAGACGACCUCCCGCCACCGCCGCCCGACGACCUCCUCGCCACCGUCGCCGACGCUGAGCACAUUACCGUCCAGGCCCUCUACGAGUGUCAAGCUGACGAAGCCGACGAGCUCUCCUUUCCCGAGGGCGCCAUCAUCACCAACGUCGUCGCCGACCAGGAGGGCUGGUACUACGGCGAGUACAACGGCACCGCCGGCGUCUUCCCCAUCGACUACGUCCAAAUCAUCGAGGAAGAGCUCCCUCUACCGAACGACCUCCCGCUGCCCGACACCCUCCCGCCUCCCGACAACAUGCUACUUCCCGACGACCCGCCGCCGCCAGAGCCGGUGGCCUGGGACGAGCCUGCACAAGAGCUGGGCGAGCCCGCUGCCUGGGACGCGCCUGCUGAUCCUUGGGCAGCCGAACCAGAGCCGGCGCCUGCUGUUGACGACGCCGCGCCUCCUGUUGGCCUGCCCAUCCUCGAGGCUCCGCCCGACAUCCCCGAGGUCGACGACAUGAUGGGCGACAUGCUCGCCGGGCUCGACGAGUUUGACGACAUUCUCAAGGAGAAGAAGCGCGAGCGCCGCAAUCGCCGUGACGACGACUCCUCCAUCGCAGCGUCAUCCGGUGCCAACUUUCAAGCUGCCGACGCCUCGGCCCUGGAGCAGCUCGAUGAGAUGUUCGCCGGCUUUGACGGCGGCGAAGUCGACAUGUCCGCCUUUGACAUGGCGGGCUUUGACGACCCGACCACAUCGGCCCUCCCCGACGUCGAUGCCCUCGCCCAGGUCGAGGCCUCGAUGAACGACAUGUUCUCUGAGGAGGACUUUAUGCCUGCCGCCCCAGAACCCGCCCCAGAGCCCGCCGCGGAGCCCACCCAGGCCCCGGCCCCGGCCCCGGCCCCGGCCCCGGUGCCAAAGCCCGCUCCAGCCGCCGCAAAGCCCAACCCGGUCGUUCCCGCAAAAACCGCCGCCCCCGCGCCGGUCGAAAAGCCGCCCAAGGCUGUCCCGUCAGGCCGCGGUGCCCCGCGAGGCCGUGGCGCCCCUCGUGGUGCUCCUCGCGGCCGUGCCGCUCCCCGCGGCGCUCCCCGCGGCGCUCCUCGCGGCCGUGCCGCUCCCCGCGGCGCUCCCCGUGGUGCUCCUCGCGGCCGUGCCGCUCCCCGCGGCGCCCCCCGUGGCGCCCCCCGUGGUGUGCCCCGCGGCCGUGGUGCGCCUCGCGGCCGAGGUGCUGGUGCCGGUCCGCCCGCGCCCAUCUCCAAGGCUGCAAAGCCGGCGCCCAUCUCCAAGGCUGCAAAGCCGGCGCCCGUCCCCAAGGCUGCAAAGCCGGCGCCCGUCCCCAAGGCCGCAAAGCCGGCGCCUGUCCCCAAGGCCGCAAAGCCCGUGCCUGCUCGCGGCGCUCCGCGUGGCCGCGCUGCCCCGCGCGGAGCAGCAGCGCCACGAGGCACUGUUCGUGGUCGUGGUGUCGUCCGUGGCGCUCCCCGCGGAGCCCCUGCCGUUCGCGCCGCGCCGCGCGGUGCCGUUCGGGGUGCUGCAGCGCCGCGCGGUGCUGUUCGGGGUGCUGCAGCGCCGCGCGGUGCCGUUCGGGGUGCUGCAGCGCCGCGCGGUGCCGUUCGGGGUGCUGCAGCGUCGCGCGGUGCCGUUCGGGGUGCUGCAGCGCCGCGCGGUGCCGUUCGGGGUGCUGCAGCGCCGCGCGGUGCUGUUCGGGGUGCUGCAGCGCCGCGCGGUGCUGUUCGGGGCGCUGCCGCGCCGCGCGGUGCCGUUCGGGGUGCUGCAGCGCCGCGGGGUGCCGUUCGGGGCGCCGUCCGUGGUCGUGCCGCCCCGCGUGGUGCCGUCCGUGGCACUGUACGUGGUCGUGCCGCCCCGCGCGGUGUCGUCCGUGGUGCUGCCCCACGCGGUGCCGUCCGCGGCCGUGCCGCUCCACGUGGUGUCGUCCGUGGUGCUGCCCCACGCGGUGCCGUCCGCGGCCGCGCCGCUCCGCGUGGCACCCCCGCCGUCCGUGCCGCCCCUCGCGGUGCGGUGCGUGGCCGUGCUGCCCCCCGUGGCGCUGUCCGUGGCCGAGGCGUUCCGCGCGGCGCCCAUCCGCCGCACUUUGUUCUCGACCCGAGCACCUGCGAGCUCAUCGCUACGGCCUCGGCUCGACUGCCAUCGUUUUCGGCCUCUUCGCCAGCCGAUCGCCUCGCUCUCUCUACAGCUUCUCCUUCGCAUGCACUCUCGCCGCCGCUGCUCGCCGCACUACGCGCCGCCGCUACGAAUGGCUAUCCCCUCGAGGCUCUCGCCGCCUACAUCGCCCUCCUCGCGGCUCCGUCUGCCUCGAGUCCUACAUCCGUUCCCGCCGAUGGUCACGCCGCAGCUGCUCACAUCAUCGUCACCAAGACUCGCUACGCAUGGCCUGUCCUCGCUGCAACCAUACCGCAACUGCUCGCGCCGUCAUGCCUCGGCGCGCCGCCCGAGGUUGCCAAGGCGAGCUACGAGGCGCUGAGUUCUGCGGUGCCCGUGGGGCUAGACAAGGAGCUACCGACCCUUUCAGACUACCUACGUGGGUAUGCGGCUGCAGCUGCAUAUGCGCAACCUGCUGCGGCCACUGGUGAGGCUGUGGUGCCUCUACUCCUUGCGCUAGGUACCCAUGCUCCUCUCGCCUGGUCUCACCUCGAGCUACGCGACACGGCUUCGCGACUCGCCGUGGGAGCCACUCUCGCCGGCCAUCCGCUCACCGUCUCCUUUGGCCGACUCUCAUCGUUUGAUGCUCUUGCUCGAUUUGGCAUGCUCUUGCCGUCUGUCCAUCCGCUGGGCCGCUACGCUCCGCAGCCCUCGUUCUCUCGCCUCCCGCCGCAUCGUCUUCUGGCUGAUGCUGUCGCAUGGCUGGCCCUGCCGGGCAUCGAGCACGAGCUUGUCUACCUGCCUCAGAGCACAACGAGCGAGAAGCUCCUGCCGUACGCCUUGUCGCCAGCUGCCCGAUCGCCAGCCCGGUUGCGGUCCAUGGCCGUGGGCAUUACCCCCUGCCAAGACGGUGACGGCGACGAGGGCCGUGGUGGCGACACCUUCAGUCGCGAACUCGUCUGUCAUGCUCGGGCCGUGGCCUCGGUUGUCAUCGCCCGUAACAUCGGUAUGCUUGCUGCCGAGCGCGCUCUUCGUAACCUCGCUCAGAGCCGCCUUCUCCUCGUCCCGCAUCCUCCGCUGGGCGCGUACCUCUUUGCCUCGCUGCAGGUCGAUCUGCUCGGUCAAAACGCUGUGGACGAUGCUGUCGCCGCAUUGCAGCGGUACGGCCUCAUUGUACUUCGUUCUGCCUCGGUCAUCGACGACCCGAGCCAUGUUGCGUUCAUGGAGCUUGUCCACCGCCGGAUGCGCGGCGGUGAGCCCGGCGAGCGGAGCGGCAGUGCCGAGUCGUUCCGUGACGCGGUGACCGGCAGUAUGAGCCCAGUUCUCCGCGUCUCUAACUCGGCGGCUCAUGGCAAGACCGGCGUCGGCUCGUACUGGCACACCGACGGUUCGAUGCGGAGCGUGCCGUCGGAUCUCUCGUCGUGGCGUGUGGUGUCUCUCCCCGACGACGGUUCGGGCGACACGCUCUUCCUCAACCUCACCGCUGCCGCUGCUGCGCUGCCGCCUCAUCUGGCCGCUGAUCUUGCACACGUGUGGGCCGUGAGUCGGUCCGGGGCUGCCCGCCGAGUCUUGGCCCGCCACCCGAUCACCGGCGCGCCGACCAUCCACCUCAACGCUGCUGGCGUCACCGUCGCGCUUCUCCGUUCGCCCACGCCGCCAGCACCCGAUGCCGACCUUACAGACCUGCUGCUAUCGCCGGCCGAGUCGGAGCGGAUACUAGCGGAUCUCGAUGCCAUCAUGGCGAGCGAUGACUACUCAUAUGUGCAUCAUUGGCAAGAGGGUGAUCUCGUCAUCGCCGACAACCACCUCGUGGCCCAUCAGGCCACAGCCGCCUCCACCGCCUCGCUCCGCCUCCUCCAUCGCGUCUCGGUUACCGGCUCGGUCGACUACGGCCUUCUCCAGCUCGACUUUGAGCCCGGAGACCUGGAUCGCUAUGCUCGGACAGUCGCUCACGGCGGGUAUGUGGUGACUGGAUGAUGGCUCCGCCCAGCUCGGCCGAGGUCUGUGCCAGGCGUGAUGGGCGUGUGGUUAUGGUUUUUGAUAGUCGUAGCUGCAAACUCGACAAGAUGUUGCAGCGCUAUGCUGCUCUCGCUACAGGCUCUCCCAGGCCUCGGGGCUUGAACACGAUGAGUCUGAAUCGGUGGCCCAGAUGGCCGGCGGGGCGUAGAACUGGCCGAGGCCGUCGUCAUUGGUGUCCAGUUCGUCAUCGUCGUCAGUAUCAGCCUCGCUGUUGCAAUCUUCAUCAGCGUUGUUUUUGUCACGGAUAGACGCGUGUACACCGCGAACUGCAUGCGCCAUCGUCACGAGCAGGCUCACCCACGCCUCGAUGCACUUGCUGGGCAAAGGAAAGUGGAGCUGCUGCUGGCCGAGCGGCGAGAAGCCGGCAAUGAGGCUCUCCUUGGAGAGUAGAACACAGUAGGUGGCAAAGAGACCGAGCGCGGUACCAGAGAGGAGUUUGACAUGUGGAGCAGGAGCGACCCACUCGCGGAUGUCCGUCUCGGAACUUUUGAUGCUCACGAUGGUGCCGAGCGCGUAGUGCGCCGACUCGGA